ACAGAGCGAAGCGAUCGACCAGCCACCCUUAUGAAAAAAUACUUUCUCAACAAAAUGUCCACCGGCAAGCGUCUGGCGAAGCGCUCGAUCGUGGGUACGCGCGUCUGUGCGCCCGGUACCGAUGGGAUCUGGUACUCGGGCAAAAUCGAGUUCGUCAAAACGGCACCGGACCAGCAGAAGGAACCUGGCCGUACCGGUACAACCGGUGGCAACUUCCUGCCCGGGCUUACCACGCCCGCCCGUUACACGGUGCAGUUCGACAAUAUGAAGGACGCCGCAAGGCUAGGGUUGGCCCGCGAGUUCCGCGAAACCGAGCUGAUCGGGCGCGGCUUUCGCAAGAUCGAGGACGUGAAGCUGAAGCCGGGCCAGAAGGUCUUCCUCACGUACAAUGGGCGGGAGAAUACGGGCGAGGUGAUCGCCCACGACGAUCUGAAGGACGAGGUGAAGGUGCGGAUUGCCGGUGCGACGAACGGUGCUGCUCAAGAGGCUCCGAUCGAGCUAACGAAGCGCCUGGAGGAAAUUCGACUGCUGGAAUCGCGCCGCUCACAGCGACUGGCGGUCCAGGAGAAGGAUACGGACUUUGCCCGGCUGGCGGAUAUGGGCGGCGAUCGUCGACGACAAUCAAACAGCAUCGAUGUGCCAUUCUCGCUGACGCAACAGAACGGAUCUCGCAAACGGCGGCCCUCGUACUCGCAGGACGAUCGAGAGUACUACAGUAUUAACGACGACGAUCCAAUGGACGAAUGCAACGCCGCGCUGGUACUUAUGAGCCUGUCCUGCUCACCGAACUCAUCCGUACAUGGCUAUGAAACAAUUCUUGGCACCAGUUCGGGCAGCAGCACCACCUCCUGGAGCACCGGAUCGACUUCGCCGCCGCUGAGCGAGGAUGGACAUUCCACACCACCGACGCACCACUACCAGCACGAGCUGAAUCAUCACCAUCAUCACCAUCACAAUGGCCGUUACCAGGCAGCGAGCGGUACGGGCCGGGGGGCUCGCACCACGUCCCUCUCUACAUCGGACGAAGGCAUCGGUAUGGAGGACAUGCCAAGAAAGCGUCGGGUCAGUCAGCGAAUUUUUAAAUGCACCUGGAAAGGUUGUGGCGUCAUCUAUACUACAUGUCCCGAAAUCACUCAACACGUUAGGAGCGCACAUCUUGGCCCUCGUAAGCCGAACGAGUACAGCGACGAGGAGGAUUUCUUCUUCACCGAAACCGAGGAUGAGAGCGACGAGAGCGCGCCGAAUCCACCCUCGCCACCGACGCUGAGCCAUCGCGACAUGGCACGACCCCCGCACGAGGAUCCCGAAUAUCAGCGCCAGAUCGUUGGCACCUACCGGCAGGGAUUGCUCUCGCAAUCGCAGGCCCUCCAGCAGCAGGCCCAGGCCCAGGCCGCCCAGCAGCAGCAACAGCAACAUCAAGCCCAACAGCAGCAGAUUGCCUCCAUCAAGCCACCGUUGCCGGCCGGCCUAACAGUGUCGGCCCUGAGCGGCACCAGCAAUGGCACCUCGUCCAGCAAUGGCGCCGGCUCGAACGGUAACAGCAGCAACAGCAACGGUAGCACCGGCAGCAGUAAUGGUGCCGUCAACCCACACAGCAGCGUUUCACCGCUGAUCCAUCACAACUACACCUGGUCCCAGGUGAGCCCGACAUCACCACAGAAGCACGUGCGACUAUCGCCCCGUCCGUCGGCCUCGUAUCCGUAUCCGUCGCCGAACUACCAGCACCACUACCAGGCGCAGGCCGCCCAGCAGCAGCAGCAACACCACCAGCAACAGCUCGGCCACAUCCAGCUAUCGCCGGGUGGCGCGAGCAGUGGUAACAACGGAACCGCCGCCUACCAUCAGCUGUUGGCCGGUGCGGCCGGUGCAUCCGGUGCGAUCGCGCUCGGUUCGUACAGCAGCAGCCCGAGCUCGAGCGGUGGCGGCAGCAGCGUGGGCAGUGCGGGUAGCGGCCAGCACCGUUCGCCAGUGUCACCGAACCGGAGGACACGGGGCGAGAACAAGAAGUGUCGCAAGGUGUACGGUAUGGAUCACAAGGAUCAGUGGUGCACCCAGUGCAAGUGGAAGAAGGCCUGCAGUCGGUUCGGCGACUGAUCCAAGCCGUCCGCUGGCAACCGCAAAGCAGCAGCAGCAGCACCACCGAGCGCCAAGUUGCCACCACCGGCAGUCGGUACGUCCGGUGGGCCAGCACCACCGGGUGUCGCCGCCCCGUCUACUUCGCCAUCGUCCUCACAGUCGCUGUGGAUAUCGUCGUCGUCGUCGUCGUCCUCAUCGUCGUCGUCGUCCACUUCUUCCUCGUCCUCAACAUCCCAUCCGCUGCCACCGCCCCCGUCUUCGUCCGCGGUGGCGAUGGUCAAGCAGGUGAUCCAGUUGCAGCCGCAACCUCUUCAACUGCAGUCGACAGCGUCAUCGUCGCUGCUCCUACACAACCAGCACAGCCAGCAGCAGCAGCAGCAGCCACAAGCGCACCGUUUCAGUGUGCAGUACGCACAACCGCAGCAACCUCGUCCACGUGCACCGGGCAUGGUGGUUUGAUGUGUGUGACGCAGCCAACCGAAACACUAGCGCAUCGAAUGCCGUGCGUAAACCAGUGUGACUGACGGGCCGUUCCGUACACCACUGGCAUCGGCCGCUUCCGCUGCCAGCCCAUCCUCCGCCAUCUUCCGGUGCAUUACGCCUGACUGAGUAAAAGGUCUACGACAAAUCAAACCAAACGGCCCUCGCCAGCUCAUCGACGAUGGAGAAAGUCCCGGUUAAAACAAACCGUAAGUAAAAGAUAGUUGAUUUGAAAAAAAAAAACAUUCAGAACAACAACAACAACAAAACACCCAAUGUGUGUAAGACUAAAACUGCGCAAAACAAAAUGGUGAACGCGCCGCCGCCCCGCAGUAAAACGAGAGAGUAAAAGUCACUCCCGAAGCAACACAAGAUCUUAGCAAAAGCGAAAACAAAACAAACAAACAAAAAAAGAAACGAAAUACGAAAACCACAAGACAUCAAAGGCUGAUUUAGUUUUUAACAAUUGCGGAUAAAACCAGAAGAAGAAAAAACAAACAAACAAACAUAAAAGGGGAAAAAAAACACUCAAACACGCCUUGGGUGAACUGAGGGAGAGAAUACGAUCGUUGGCACUGAAGAAGAUAUUAAAGAAACAAGAUGUGGCAAGGCAGCACAUCGACCGAUCGACAUCGUUAUCAGACACACGGUUUUGCUGCAAGAAUCACGAUGGAGGUGCCUGGUUACUGGUACACUUUACAGUAACGUAACAAAAAUCUCCUUAGCUUCCUUCCGCUCUCCACCUCCUCCCCCCCCCCACCAAUGUGAACCAUCCUUCCAACCGGCUGAACUGAAAACGCUCUUCACGACAAAACGAUAUCUUAAUACCGUCCGUAAACACCCCCUAUGUUGUUCCGGAUGGUCUGGAAAUCCAUCCGAAGGACGCGCGCGGGAUAAAACGGUGGAAGGAUCGGUAGCUGGAGGAUGGCAGUGUGUAUGUGGGUGCGGAAAGUGUGGACAGUACGAACCCUGCGUACCAGUACAGGAAGCUCUGGCUACAGCCAUGAGCUUUUCCAACAGGCACCAGGCGCCUCCAUCGAGGUUUUGUGGGGAAUGUUUUUUCCCCGCCAGAUUUCCGUGUCCAAUCGAUUCGAAUAUGAUCUCGACCCGUACGUGGAGCGUGAAGAUAGUGCUAAUAAGGGUUGGGGUUAAGCAAACAGAAAAUUAAAUCCACGGGGUGAAACAUAUUACAAAGAGAGAUACCACAUAAAACAGAUCUGUAGCGCGUGAGAAUAUUAAAGAAAAAACGAAGAGCGAAACAAUGAAAAAAAGCGAAAAAACAAAAAAUCAUUUAAACCACUGCCAAUAAGUUUAAAAACUCUACUAAACUCUAUCGUCAGCAAGGGAGAGAAAUGUGAACAAAGAAGCAGAUAAAAAAAAACACACGGAGGGAAAAAGAACCGUCGUCGUGCAGGAAAAGGAAAACAAAAACAACACUUUACCUGAAUUUGAGCCGGAGCAAUGGAUUGGAAGCAGCAAAGAAACGGAAGCGUUUAGUGCAGCAAGAACAUAGCUGGUGACCGUAGGUGAACAGGCCAAGGAAAGUGUUUGUUGGACCGGGAGUGCAGUAAAGAAGGUUACUAAGCUGGCAGAUAGCUGAUGAGUAUUGAGUAAGCAAAUCACAUAAGUAAGCAACACGCUAAAGGGUAAGCGAAACAAAACGUAAAACUAAACACAAGUAACUCCGUAUAAACGUAACUCGUAACCGUAAGUUCUACUGCAAAAGCGAAUAAGCAAACUGUCUAUGUGUAAUAGGAGGAUAAGUACGUGUGCAGCAGCAGCAGCAGCUAAUCGAGGAACGGGUUCGAAAUCGGCAGCAGGCCGAUUGUUUAGCUACCAAUUGAUAUACACAAACUGACUUACCGAUCGUGACGUGCGACUGUGUGUGGAGGGAGGGUUUGAGGCGCACGCACCGCACCUUCACCAUCAGCAAAACCAGCUAAAACUCCUAUUUACCAUUUUACCAAGUACUAAAACACUACUAAAAAAUCAAAUACCCUAUCGUUCACUUACACGCGGAUGUACACGGGCAAUACGUACGAUCGUUAACGGUUAAGCAAGAAGGGGCAUCUGUCGUCGUUCUAGCAGCGGUUUUCACUAACCCUCGCAUACCCUUUUUCGAUUCGAUCGAACCGAGCUUUUUUUUUUUGCUUUGGAGCUUGGUUGGAACGUAUACUUGUUUGCGGGAUCGUUGCAAUUCUGUUACCUGCCAACUGUCGAUUUUUUUUUUCGCAGAGAAAGCGAGAGCGAGAGAGAGAAAAAGAGAUUUGCAAAAAGCAAAAUUUGUUUUUGUACCACAGAUGGUUUGUGAAACGAUCUGUUUUAGAAAUGUGAUAUAAUACCUCCCCGUCCCGAGACUAAAGCGCUUUCGAGGGGAGGUAAGAAAAAAGAAAAUGAAGGGGAAAAACUGUUUUUUGUUUUGUCUUGUAAGUACCCUUCGCAGCUAUUCAUUAAGGAUCCUGUCCCGAUCGCACAACCGAUCGUCGGAUCGAUCGUCCUUGCUUAUAAAGGGGACGCCAAAUUUUCAUUCGCUCUCGGUCUGCACUGCAGCUGCUGCUUCGCUUCUUGUGAAGAGCUUUCAGUGAGGCUUUUACUUUCGAAAAUUGGAUAUGGAGAGCUUUUCCAAAGUUGUUGCUGUUCACAAACCUUCCUGGGUUAGUGAUGUUUGGUGCAGGUUUUGUGGAGCAUCCAAACUGAUGUCGUGUUACCUUCGUGUGGGUCAGCUUGCCAGCCACGGGGAUGUUUUUAACUUGUACUAUUGUACAAUCGUUCUCUUCGUACUAAGCUACACAUGUGGAAAUUGGAUGAAACUUUCGAAAGCGAAACAAAAUAGAGGGUUUAAAAUGGCGCACUGGAAAGCGACGCAAUUUUGUGCAACUGAUGAUCUCUGUAAAACUGUUCAUUAAUUUUUCGUUUUUUUGUUUGUGUGUGUGUGUGUUUUGUACACGCUCCACACAUAUAGCUAUAUAGAGAUUUGUAUAUUUAUAAAUACAUAUUUUUAUCAUUCGUACCCUUUCGUUGUUCGUAUGUUCGCGAUCUGCCUGUUUGUCGUAUCCUAUCGGAAAAGCGCAUCGUAAUGAGAGGUGUUUUUGGGAUACUGUUUUUUGUUUUUUAUUGCUUUCACUCAAAAACAACAAGUUGGAUCACGAAGAAAAUGGCAGUACACACAAGCCUCUGCUCUUCGUGCACUGCAGCUCGAAUGCUGCAGCUGUUCUCAAAACACCAAUACAGACCCAAUAAUCAUGAUGGCCGAUGGCCGAUGGUGGGUCCUCAAAAACCCCGGUGCCCUUUUCGUGUGAGCAUACGGCCACUUAAUUGCACUUAAUCGAACAAAAGAAAAACCCCCCAAUCUAACGCAGCAAUAAAAAGCAAUUUAAAAUCUCGUCAGCAAAAACACUUGAACACUGAGCGGAACAAGUGAACGGUUAAGGGGUAAACACUCUUGGGAAAAGGGGUGUUAAUAGAUUAAAAUUAGCGAGGGAAAACCAAACCAAUAAGCAAAUAAAUCUUACGGGAAAAAUAAGACGACGGGGGCCACGAAAAGUAGGGCCGAAAGCCACCACUCCCAUCGCCAUCGUUUAUGCUGCGUCGGGACAGGCACACUUCUCUCACUGUCGUUCGUCGUACUACUACUUUUUUAUGACAAUCGUGAGCAAACUGAUAAGCAAAUGCAUUCGAUCGCAAUUAAAUGAUUAAAUUCUUGUGCACACACGCACACACACGUCACACUAACAACAACAACUAAAAACCCCAAAAUCCGUCACAGAACAGUGUUUAUCUGUCUAUAUGUUCUAUAUGUUUUGCUGUCUUUGGCUCAACAUAAGAGGCUUCGAUUGAGCCAUCGUUGGGAAAAGUACGUAUUAUUUUUUAAAAUCGGUGUCCACUAAAUCCGGAUCAUCUCACCCUUAUUGGGUUUGGUUUUAUUUUUCCAUCAAGUUCAUUGUUUUAUAAAGCACAAAUCCACGUGAAACAUUGGAAUCGAACGGGUAUCCAGCAGCGAGAGAGAGAGAGAGAGAGAGACAAAGGAUAGCAAACAAAAACAAGUGCAAUGUGGGUAAAAAAAAGAAAACAAAAGUGGGAAAGUGUAUUGAAAAGACUAAAAUUUUUGCCUAUUUACAUGUACAAAAUCUGGGGGUUAGGAAGCUAGUAGCAAUGGUAAAGCAACGCGAAAUACGGCGGGACAACAAAAUCGACAGCCACUUGUACGAUCACUAGUUGUACUGCUGGCUCACUGUCGAAAGUGGCUAACUUGUGACAAAAGUUAGCAAAGCAAAACAUACAACCAACACAUUACUACUUCUCCCUUCAAUCAUCUACCGCUUUUUGUACGAUGUAUACGGGACGCAAAGCCCUAGUAGCGGGCAGGGUGUUUUGGUCCCGGCCGGAGAUCGCAUGCACACACAAUAUACGACGAGGCCACCAGCUACCACUACUUUGAGACAAAGGAUGACAAAGGAUCGAUGGAUGUAUUCGAUGUACACACACAACUAUUAGGCCAGAGGUAAUCGGAUGGGCAUAAACAUAUGAGUAGAGAGCGUGUUUUCUGGAACAAACGUUUGUCGGUGUAUGUGUGUGUGUGUGUGUAGUAGUCUGGACGCCGUUUUGAGUGUCAUUUUCCUCUCCCGUUUUUCGUGUUGUUAGAGAGUGACCGUUUCGGUAUAACGCAGCAUACUCAUAAAUAUCCGCCCCCUCCCCCUUUAAUAUACCGUGGCUAGCUUAAUCGGGUUUUAACAAAAACAAUGAACCGGAAGGGGCAUGAGCAUAAGAAACGCAUACACAUAUAUAACUAUUAACAAACGAAAAAGGCAAACAAACAAAUUGUAUGUAUAAAUUAUCUCACCAGCACCUUCCCAUCUAAAACACGCACCCGCCCGCAUUACAGAACAGAUUGAAGACGAGCAGCGGCGAAGCGAUGGAUAGACAAACAGGUACGUCCGAUCAGGCCGAACUAGCAAAGAAAACAAUAGAACAAGCUCGCAAAGAACACAGCAACGAGCAUUGAGCAGACUAUUGGGACGAUAAAGGAAGGCAAAGCAAAAAUACAAACACGGCAUAUCCAUGCAGCGAUGGAGAGUGAGUGAUGAAAGAAGGAGGAGGAAGAAUGUAGAAGAAAGUGGAAAAAGGAAGGAAGAUGUUACAUAAAACAUAAACAAAACACACCGACAAAAAAACACAAGAGAACAAAAUAUGGCGCAUUAUUACUGGGGUUACCGUAUUUUAUUUUUACUAAAUACUAUUUUCUCGUGAGUGUGUUUUUAUUUUUUUUGCUAAGCUUGUACAGUGCACAUACAACAACACAACAAAGAGAAGAAAACAAACACAACACACUGAACAGUUACAAAUAGGUCAAGCAUCAAUGUGACAAUUGUUUUUUGUUUGUUUGUACAGAAAGCAGGCAAAGCAGCUUGCUGUAGAAGAUAAGGUAUCGAAACGAAUCCCUAAGAUUGCAAUGGAAAGGAGUAAAAUAGAGAAGUAAGAGAAAGAAAAAAAAAUGGAAAAGAAAAUAUGAAACAAAAAAAAGAGAAGAAAAGGCGAGCAAGAGCGAGAGAAAGAGAUAGAGAGAGAGCUGUAGAGACAGAUAAUUCACCCACCUUUUUCGGAUUAAGUUAUUGCGUACCAUACUAAGCUGUUAGAUCGUUAGGUUGAGCAAGUGCAAAGCAACAAAGCAAAUGUUUGAUUUUGUCCGUGGUCUUUUUGUUUGCAUUGUCGCUUUUCUACAUGGUUAAGAAUAAUUUAAAAAAUGGAAAAAUAAGGAAAAAGAAAACACUAUUUUACUAAACUUACUAACAAACAAACGAAGCACACAAUCCUCACACAUUCACACACGCAUAAAAACAUCUCGCUUCCUUUGUGGGGUUUUUGGAAAAAUUUAAACGUUUUGGUUCUUUCUUUUUUCUUCUCGGCGUGUUAAACUUCUACUAAGCGUACGUAUUUAAAGUUGUUAAAAUUAAUCUUUUCCCUUCCCUUUGUUGGGCAAAUGUGUCUUUCCCUUCGGAAGCGUGCAAGUGGAAGGUUUUGUUAAAUUUUAGAUUACUCCAAAUCCACACUCACACACCGACACACACGAACCACAUGAUCGGUGCAACAAUUUGUGCAUUAUUAUUAUAACCCGUUUGCGCGACAUGCGCGUGUGUGUUUCUACCGUUUUUGCCCCCUGUUUCUUUGUCUGUUAUGUAUAAAAAAAAUACCGAUCGUUGUGUGCUUUUCGCAAAGGAUAAGAUUGAUUAAGAAGAGAGCGAGGAACGUAACCGUUUAAAAACAAACAAACUCACAAAAAACGAAACCUAAAUGCCAAGGCCAAUUAAACGAUGCAAGCGUAGUAUCUCGGUGUAUGUUUACGUUAAGUUCGACGAUAAGCCCACGAUUAGUGCACCCGACGAGUUUUUCGCAAUAAUGAUGAGAGCAAGUCAGUGAGCUUGAUUUUUUGUUAUCUCUAGCAUCCUUCUUCUUUUUGCCACUUUUUGUUUUUUCUGUUGUUUAAUUUUAAAUUUCCUUUUUUAUUUUACAUUUUCUUCACCCCAACUGCUGCUUCGGUAGGUUAAUAGAACGAUUUUUAUCUUCUUUACAAAGUUCUUCUUACUUUGUACUACUCUUACAAAGUACCUCUGCCAAUUCUCCUGCACCCGUACUAGCAAUGUAUGUCAAACAAAACAAAAUCUAGCUCAAUUAAGAUUCGUUUUACGUUUAGCUACCAUUUACGGCUACCUGGGAAAGGGAAUUAAUAACUCACGGGAACAAGCACACCAACCCAACCGCCGUCUGUUGAUUCGUGUAACAAAGAAGAAGAGAAAGGAGAGAAACCACCCCCUUCCCCUCCUCCCCCCACACACACUCUAUUUAUCUGCCAUUUAUACCUAAGAUUACGUUUAAUAGUUUAGUAGCACUGAUCAUAUUUAUCCGAGCCGUGAUCGAACCCCUCGGCUUUGGUCGGUAUGCUCGUUUCCCUCUUCUUUUCCUCUUUUCUACUGCUUUCCACCUUAAAGUGCUUCUACUUGCUUGUAAUAUUAAAUCGCUUUUCAUUUGCUUUUUGCCGCUGCUAUUCGGUCCAUCCGAGCCGCUUUGUUAGAAUCCGAUCUACUAACCCGCGCUAAGUAACUUGCUAAGUGAAACGAAAGUACCAUUUUAUAUAAUAUACAAACUAUACAUAAAUAUAAACAUAAGAAUGUUUUUAGUUGUAGAUCGAAACAAAAAAACAAACCGAAAACAAUUAUUAGUGAGAAUUUUUUUCCUUUGCUUUUUCCGUCAACCUUUUUUUUAUUUCUCUCCGCUUUUCCUUUUUGGGGUUUUUGUGAGCUCUGACAGCAGCUAGAGUAGUGCAGAAAGGAAAUGAACACCAUAUGAAAUUAUUUAAGCGCGGCCUGUACCAGCCUUUAACACGCGGGGGCAGACAGACAGCGCGAAAUGAUCUUAAGUUAGUUCAAUUUUACACCUUCAAUCAGUUCGCCCCGUUGGUGAUGGUUUGAAGAUUAACAUUAAUUAUACACACACACUCAUACAAACAUUCACACUCAUACAACGUACAUACAAACAGAGCGUUUUAGUUGUUAAUCUAGUUAAAAUAUAGUUUCAUUACCUAGGUUUUGUUUUGUCUCGUUUUAAAACAUUUAUUUAUUUAUUUACCCACCCAUUUCCCAUAAAUAAAACAAAAAAAAACAACAACAACAAUAACAACCACCAUCCCCUCCCCCCUUUAUUUUUGCCACCUAAGGACCUAAGAUGUAGUAAAGGAUAAAUGGGCUGGGAAGAGAGGGAGUGAGAGAGAGAGCAAGAAAGUAAGGGGAGUAUAGAAAAAAGAGAUAUAUUUUUAUUUUAAGUAACACAAAGCAUAGAAACAAGUAAAACACAGAGCGAGAGAGAGAAAGGGUAGCGAAAAGGAUAAAAGAGAGAAGAAGGAUGCAGCAUAAUCAACUUACCAGUACACCUUCCGAGAUCGAUAUAUAUAUAUACACACAAUAUAAAGGCAAAAAACUCACAAAAACAAAAUGCAAACAAUCAUAAGAAGAAAGAAACCAUAUAAGAAACAGAACAGUUGUAAAAUAUGUACACAUGCAAACACGGACGCAAACAGAUUACAAACAAAAAGCCAGGGCGAGAAAAUGAGAGUUGUACCGUUAGCAAGUAAGGUAAGGAAACACAGGAGCUGAUCGGUGGUGAAGAUGAGAGCGGAACGUUUGUUGAUGUUAGGACAGUAUCGUUUAUGAACGCUUCUUGUGUUUGAACAUUCAACCUCCUUCAACUAAGUAAAUCGUAUGCUACAACACAAAACACAAAACCAAUCGCAACUACUACGGCAGGCAGAAGAGAACAAACAAGCAGGCAAGGGAGAAAAUGCAAAGUAACCGACAACCCGUCACAGACACGGCAAACGAUGCAAACAAUUGCAACACUUAGUAGUACAUCAUGUGUAGCGUCAGGAAUCGAUGUGAGAGGAUGUAAAGGAAGCUGUAAAUAGAGCAAGGCAAACCCCUGUCCGCCAAUCCCAUUACCAUAAACGGUCCAUAAGCAUCCUCAUUUGUCUGUCCGUAUCGUAAUCUUUUCGAUCGUUUGCGUUCGAUCGUGUGUUUCCUUACCUUAACCACCCGUCCGCGUUUAGGUAUGGGGACGAUGUUACGAUUUUCUUUACAGUAAGCAGGCAGGGUUUUGUUUUAGUUUAAGGGACACGCAUCCCACAUCCGAGAACCAUACAUAUAUUAGUUAGUUGUGUUGCGUUGCGUUUGCAUAACGUAGGACAAAAUGUAUCAACAAAAAAACUCCCGAGGUUACGGUACACAGGGCGGGACCCUCCUAGCGCGCUGGAGCUAUGAAACGUGACGCGAUGAAACCAAAACCAACCAAACUGCAAGCACAGAGUAAGAGCAAAAACCACGCAAAAAUAGACAAAACCACAGAUCGAAAACAGAAGAAGGGUAACCGGGAGGGAUAUGGAAUCGUACUAUAAGCUUGUAAGGAUCGUGCGCAAUAUGAAAAAUAAGGGAAGGAAAACAAGCGAAGAAGAAUCCACCACAGUAGUGAGGAGGAGAAGAAAACAGAAGAAGAGAAAAAAAAGCAUAACAAAACUGUGAGAAGAAUGUUUAUACAGAAACGAGGUAAAAUAGAAAGGAAAGUUUGUGUAAUUGGUGGACAAAAGAUACUAGCGGGAAGAAGAUAAAGGCGUGAUGAGUGUUGAGCAUAAAUAUAAAACACAAACCCACAAAACAAAGCAUACUGUAAGAUGUGAGAAGUAAAAUAAGUGGUUUAAGAGGAAGAAGAAAGUAAGAAGAAAAUGCUCUCACUCUCUGGGGCAGAAGGAUGAAAAUUGAAAUGAAAAAAAGUGGAAGAAGCCUUUUGUUAAUUGUUGUUUCACACAAUUUAAAAUCUGAAGGAAAAGUGGAAAAACAUGAACACAAAGCAGAAGCGAAUCGCAAACAUUACAAACACUGUAGAACGAAGUGAAAAAGAGAGAACGUAAGUGAGAGUGUUAUAAAACAUUUAAAAGAAACACACACACACAAAUCGUGAGACCGGUAAAGAUUUCAGCGGAAAAGAAAAAAAGAGAAAAUGUGAAACAAAUCAACGGGUGACGAAAGCAGCACAGAUUUGACGGAAAGGCCAUUUUCCCCUUGUUUCUGUGUUCGCCGUGUUCGACCAAAUUUAGGCAAAUUUUCCCUAUUCGGCCACAACGCAUUACAAGCGAACACAACCAAACGGAACCAGCAAACAGGGUGGGGAAAACAUCCGGAUUUUUUUUGUUUUGUUUUGUCCUGUGCCGUCGUCUGAAGCUCUCACCACCAUAUUAAAAAGUUCACACACCAGCUUACAUGCGCGAACAGCUCACUCAAUCAUAUACUACACGCGCGCACACCUCGUUCGGUAAACGCUUCGCGAUUGAUCAUUAUCAUCACCCCGCGUGUAACACACACACACACCGGAUCGAACCACCACCACACAUCACAUACAUACAAGGAGCCCUUCCUCUUCAUAAUACGAAUGACACCGAAGCAUGGGGAAUGGUAUCGAUACCGAUUCCGCGCAUUCGUGGUGAAAUGCGACUAUGAGUGCUACCGGGUGCUUUCGAGUCCUACGGCUUCGUGAUACGGUUAACGGCGCGUGCUAACGUGAUCCUAACCCUCCCUUCACGGUAAAAAAAAAAAAACUUCGUCUGUCUGUCACAGUUUGUCCGCGGCCACCGCACUCGUUAUCCUAUCGCUCGUUAUUGUUGACGUUUCAAGUUACAUUCAAUGCCUUUCAUCAGUACAAAGCUUGACGGAAAAUUUAAACUGUACAAGUGUAAAGUAAAGCCGCGGAAUAAUCAAAACCUUCAAAGCACGGAAUCGUUUUCUUCGUUUGUACAGCUGCUAGUUGUUCUCGCCCCUUUUCUUUCCUUUGUUUGUUCAUUGUUUUGUUGUGAUUUUUUCGGUUUAACUCGGAUAUAUAUUUAUCGUAGCUUACAAAGCUCGUCGUCGUCGCGUUGUUAUUGUUUGUACUGUUGCUGAUGGACAUUCACCAACCGUAACGUCCCUGCCCCUUUGAGCCCUUUUUCCGUACGAGGCUCGAAAGCAAUUCAAAGCUAUUUAUUAUCGUAUCGCACGUAACGCAAUCCUUACCGGCCAAUGCAAUGGAGGGGAAGGUUCGAGAACCACGGAACCACAAAGCUAAACACUCGUAUCGCAACACACACUACCUUGCGCACUCGAUGCUCGAACGGGAGAGAAAAGGUAGACGAAAAAAGCUCCAACAUAAUUUUACAAAAAAAAAGGAUGAUCGUGUAGAUGGAGAUAAAAAAAAACAGUAAAACAAACAAAUAAAGUCGCAGCCACGCAAGCGCAAAUUGCAAAUCGUACUAGUAUGUAUGUGAAUGUGUGUAUGUGCGUGUGUGUAAAAUGUGAAAUAUACACAUGGUGAGAUGAGGAGAUAGAGGAGAAAAAAAACAAAAGAAAAACAAAACAACCAAUCGAAAACUAAAAACCGGAGCGAAACAAUGAUCAUAAAGAUGAGCAGAUGAUGAUGAUGAUGUUCAAAUGCGAUUUGAAUGAUUUUUUUUUCUAGUGUUAAGUAAAUACAAUAUUAUACAUAUUACAAAUAUAUACACGGUAUUAGAUAAAGAUAAA